AUGCGUUUCUUCCUUGCUUUCCUCCUCGCUGCGCUGCAGAUCUCCUUCGCGAGCGCCGGCCUCCGAUUGAAACAAUGUGGAACUACAUUCCCUACCAACUGGGUUUCCAACUGUAGCCCGACGGACCAGCAGGACUGCAAGACUCUUUGCGGUCAGAAGCUCCGUGAUGCGCCUCGAGAAGAGCGCGUCGAGCAGGGUAAACGUCCCAUCUUGAACCGCAUUGUGCUGACUUUCGAUGCAGUGCCGAACGGAAGGAGGGCGACAGAUGGCCAACGGAGCUGA